UCUCAUUUUCUGAUAGUGACGGAUUUUUUAUAUUUUAUUCUUUUGCUUCUCUCUAACGUCCGGCUUCUUCACUUCUCUACACAGCCCUCGCCUCUCGGCGAGAAAUUCCGGUCAAUGGAAUGUACGGUCACACAGUUCUGUCUACAAUACGCAUUGAAUUCGAUGAAUUCGAGUCUCCUCCUUCUUCAAAUCAGUACACCCUGUUGUUUCUUCUCUCUAGGAUCCACUCCGUCAUCGACUAUGAAGAGAGAGAGCUUCAUCCCAUAAAUGGGUUCUUACGCAGAGAUUCGUUUGAGGUAUAAUUACACUGUAACGUGAUUUGUAUACCAUUUUGGUUAGUACCACAUGCUUCAGAUCCAUUUGUUAUGCUCACUGGUGUUUUUGUAUAUAUGUGAAUACUUUUUUUUUACGGGUUUAGGAUUUCUUUUGAAGCGUUGAUUACUGAUUAGUUCUGAUUUGUGGUUGAUGAGGUUAAUGUAUACGUGAGUUGUACAGUAUAUGAUAGCUUAAUUAACGGGUCUAGGAUUUCUUUUGAAGCAAGGAUUAGUUUUGAUUUGUGGUCAAUGAGAAUAAUAAUGGGUGUAUAUUAUAUUGAUAGGAAUUUUUAUUAACUUAGGACUCUUUUGGAGCAAGGAUUGAUUUUUUAUUUUGAUUUUGAUUUUGAUUUUUGGUUAAUGAGAAUAAUAAUGGGUGUGUGUUGUAUAGUAUAUGAUAUGUUUUCUAAUGGGAUUAGUAUACUUUUGAAGCAAUGAUUAAUUCUUAUUCACAGUUAGUAUGGGUGUCUAUUUAAUUGCGUAUUUUUUAGUCUACGCGUAUAAAUUUUCAGGCUUUCAAGUAAGGUAAUGUUUGACUUUGAAGUUUGAAGCUAGGGUUUCUGUUGAUUCAAGCAAAGCGGUAAUUUGAUUUUGAAGCUUAUAAAAAGGGUCUGUUCUUUGAGUUGGAGGUUGGCUUUGUUUAGGGUGUUUGGUGAUUCUAGGUUUGGUAGGUUUAGGUUUCAAGAGACUUUGAUUCUGAUUGAGGGUUGAUUUUUGGCAAGUUUGUUAAGGUUUGAGAUACUCUGGGCUCUUGUGUGCGCUUGUGGCUUUGAACCUUCAAUGCUUCUCUAACGUCAAUUUUGGUAUAAAUUGUUUUUGAAGAUUUUCUGAUUUCUGACCUUGUUGGAGGCGAAGACAGUGAAUAGUAGUAACCAAGUUUAGCAAUGGACGAAGAUGCUAAUUCUUGGUUGAGGAGAGCAAAGUUUUCUCGUACUGUUCUUCAUCGUUCGAACUCUGCAAAGUUUGCCUCAAUUCCUUUCACCAUUUCACCAUUGAAGCAGAACUCGGGUGUGAAAUCUUGUUCUGGAACUCAUUCUGUUAAUUCAAAGUCAGGACCCCUUGUUGCAGAGAGUCACCGGGAUUCUGUUUUAAACAAGCAAAGAUCCGUAUCAGCUAUCCCUGAAACCAUAGUUCCUGAUGCAUUUAAGGACGCUCAGAAUGAGCAAAAGAGAUCCUCAACUCCACAUCCUCAAAGAAAAGAACCCGAUAAGGGAAUUAUUGGUAAGUUAUUCCACAAGGAUCCCCAAGAAAUCCGGGCACCAUAUUUAAAGUCGGCCUCACAUACCAGCUCCGUUGGGAAAUUCUCUUUGAUGAAAUUUCUUAAGACAAAGAUCCCGAAGGAGGAGUCAUGGACAAAAUAUUUUGACCACGGAGGACGACGAGUUAGCUCUGUGGAAAUGGCAGAUGAAUGGAUGGUUGAUCUCUCUGAUUUAUUUAUUGGGCUUAAAUUUGCACAUGGUGCAUAUAGUCAGAUUUAUCAUGGAAUAUACAAGGAUAAACCUGUUGCAGUGAAGAUUAUAAGGGUGCCAGAUGAUGACGAGAAUGGAGCACUGGCAGCACGGCUAGAGAAGCAAUUCAACAGAGAAGUCACUCUAUUGUCUCGUCUCCAUCAUCAAAAUGUCAUAAAGUUUGUAGCAGCAUCCAGAAAGCCACCAGUUUUUUGCGUCAUUACCGAAUAUCUCUCAGAGGGUUCAUUGAGAGGGUACCUUCACAAGCUUGAGCUUGAGAAAAAACCCAUUCCCUUGCAGAAAAUAAUCACAAUUGCUCAGGAAAUUGGUCGGGGAAUGGAAUACAUUCACUCACAAGGCAUCAUCCAUAGGGACCUCAAACCUGAGAAUAUUAUUAUUAACGAAGAAUUUCACCUGAAAAUUGCUGAUUUCGGAAUAGCUUGUGAGGAGGCUUACUGCGGUCCUUUGGCAGAUGACCCGGGUUCUUAUCGAUGGAUGGCACCUGAGAUGAUCAAACGGAAGUCCUAUGGGCGGAAGGUUGAUGUAUACAGCUUUGGACUCAUUUUACAGGAAAUGGUAGCUGGAACUAUUCCUUAUGGGGAUAUGACACCCAUCCAAGCUGCGUUUGCUGUGUCAAAUAAGAAUUUGAGACCAGCUAUCCCUGGGGAUUGUCCGCCUGCUAUGAGAGCUUUAAUUGAGCAAUGUUGGUGUUCGCAACCAGAAAAGAGGCCCGAGUUUUGGCAGAUUGUGAAGGUGUUAGAGAAAUUUCAGUCUUCGCUCGCCCCUGAUGGAACUCUAAAUCUGGUACUGGAUAAAAAGGGGCUUCUUCAUUGGAUUAAUCAAAAGCUUGGUCCGCAUACAUCUUAAUAAUCUGUACAGAUGAAAUGUAAUCCAGCGGCCUAGCGGUAUCGGUCUCUUACUUCCCAAAAGGAGGUUAGGGUUUAAAUCUCAAAAUAGACGUGUGUGUGUAUGUGUGAGUAUCAAUUAGGAAAAAAAAAAAUGUAAUCCACGUAAUUCUUUCUGAUGAUCUGGUUUUUUGUAGUUUCACCAUAUUACAAUGUAAUUGAAAGGGUUCAUUUUUUUCCAGAACUCUUUUAUAGUAUUGAAUGCUUCACUUUCAUA